AUGUCUUCUACCAUCAAAUCAACAUUGGCCCGUAAAGUUUCUCUUCCCAAUCAUACGCUUCAAGUGCCCCCUAUAAGCAUCCUCCGGUCGCCGGAUUUUAGGCUCUUGCAGAGAAACUAUAAUAAGUCGUUCGUCAGGGAGAUCGGAUUGGAAAUGGGAUUUUUGGUGACAACCCUGAUUUUCGUCGUGGUCGGGAUUAUUGCAUCCCUGUGCACUAGAAUAUGCUGCAACAGGGGACCCUCUGCAAAUCUGUUACACCUGACACUGAUCAUUACUGCAACUGUGUGUUGUUGGAUGAUGUGGGCAAUAGUGUAUCUCGCACAGAUGAAACCACUAAUUGUUCCUAUUUUGAACGAAACGGAGUGA